AUGGGUAUUGUGAGAGAUAUCGGUCAAGACAUAACUGAUGAAGAGAUAGUUAACAUCGGAAAGGGAUUGAGCCCUGAAGUCAAAUGCAUAAGGGUACGUAGAUUCAACCGUAGAAAGGUUACAGAAAAUGGGACCAUUUUUGUGAAAACAAACACUUGCGUGUUGACGUUUGAGGGUACGACCCUUCCCAAGUAUUUUGAGCUAUAUACCAUCAGACUGCCAGUGGAGCUAUACAUUCCCCCAGUGGUUCAGUGCAAUAAAUGCCUGCGUUAUGGUCAUGUUCGUAACCUUUGUAGGGGUAAAUUCAGAUGUAGGAAAUGUGGAUCAUAUCACGAGGAUGAAAAACCGUGUGAUUUGGAACCUUGCUGCAUUCACUGCCAACAAGGUCACGAAGCAACUGACAGGAAAUGUCAAGAAUAUGCAAGACAGGUAAAGAUGAGGGAAAUUAUGGCCUUGCACAAUGUAUCUUUAUACGAGGCAGAUAAAACAUGUAGAAGGCAAAUAGCACCUCGUCUCCCAGAAUUUCCCACCCUGCCACAUGACAGGUCUGAGACCUCUUUAAUGAAUUCACGUAAACAAUCAUAUGCUAAUGUUGUAGCUACUAACCAAAGCAGAUCAUAUGGUUCUGUACGACCCAUUAGCAGUGCACCAAGUCCAAAAAGGAAGAUCUCAGAGCAAACAGGUUAUGAUAGAGCUGCGCAUAAUGCUUGUUUGAUUCCCAGCCGACCUGUAUCUCCAAUUAUAUCUUAUUCUCGAACACCUAUUCAGCUCUCGAAGACCUCUGUUUCGUAG